AUGGCUAGGUGUGCUGACGCCAGUAAGCGAUAUCUCUUAUUGAUCUACCCUAUCAACUCUCACGAUAGGCUAAGACCGAAGCAGAUACCCACCUGCCCGUAUCAAUGGCCCAAUGGACAAGGUGACAUUGCGAAGUUCCUAGAGGGUGAGAAGAAUAGCAAUGACUGGUUCGAACAAUUUGGGAGCAUCUACCGGAUCUGGAGUGGUACAAAUCCAGAGGUAGUUUUAACCAACCCAGAUGACAUAAAGACGGUAUUCAAGGAUUCAAACACGCAUCUGAAAGCAAUCAACAAUGAUGCAGGCUGGCUUAUGAGUGAGCUUUUGGGCAAAUGCCUCGGCCUGGUCAGCGGAUAUGAAUGGCAACAAAUAUGCAUUUCUACCAACGGCGCUUUUGCUCACAGUAGUGUCACUGCACAUAUUCCGCGAAUAGCCAGCUUUACUGAACGCUUUUUUGCGAAUGUGAGCUCCGUAGGAAAGUUAGAUCAGGGUAUUCUCAACCCAGGUGAGGACUUGAGGCUUCUACCUUUCUGGAUCGUUGCCGACUACUUGUACGGCGAUUUAACACCAGAAAUGUGCGACAAAUUACAAAAGUUGAUCCCACUGCGAGACUCAUUGUUUAAACGAGUCAUUCAAGGAGGUCUGACACGAUUUACCUGGAGCAAACAUCUACCAACAAGCACGAACGCCGACUUGAAAAGUUUCAAAGCCAAGUGGAGAGAUUUUAAUAAUGCUGCAUAUGAAUCAUGUAUACUGGCGCGAGAGAACGUGCCGAUAGUGCACAUGUACGAGUAUAUGCAGUCUGGGUCGAUCGGUGCCGACCACCUCUUACAAACCUUGGAUGAGAUGCUUUUUGCAAACUUAGAUGUCACAAUUGGUGCAAUUUCAUGGAAUCCAUUGUUCCUUGCGGCACAUCAAAAUGUGCAGGAAGAGCUUCGAAAGGAGAUCAAUGCUGCAAGAGCAAGCGAUGGCUAG